GGCCCUGAGCCGGACUGGGGCGGAGCCGCAGGAGCUCUAGGUGUUGCAGCUAGGUCACGACAGGUGCGCGAGGCAGAACGCCUGGGACCCGUGGCAGGGCAGGUAGCAUCGCAGAGAAAAGACGGCACUUAACCAGGUAUUUCAGUAUCUAUAGACAAGAUGGAAUCAACUCCAUUUAAUAGACAGCAAUGGACUUCACUGUCAUUGAGGGUAACAGCCAAAGAACUUUCUCUUGUCAACAAGAACAAGUCAUCGGCUAUCGUAGAAAUAUUCUCCAAGUACCAGAAAGCAGCUGAAGAAGCAAACACAGAGAAAAGGAGAAAUAACACUGAAAAUCUCCCCCAGCACUUUAGAAGGGGGAUCCUGACUGUGUUAAAGAAGAAGUGGGAGAACCCGGUGCUAGGAGCCGAGUCUCUCUCAGACUCCCUGCAAAACAGCAGCACUGAGGUCAGGCACAGAGGCGACCAUCCUCCCUCUGAAGUGGUAAGCAACUCUGCCUCUGGGACCGCAGCUAACCGAGAGGAACGAGUCCACCCCAGACCUAGACUUGGAUCACCUCCUGAAGCCCUUAUUCAGUAUCCGUAUCCCUGCAUCGAGGACAGUGAGCAUCUUAAAGACCACUCAACAGGAAGUAAAAACAUGGAAAAUUGUCUAGGAGAAUCCAGGCAUGAAGUAGGAAAACCUGAAAUCAGUGAAAACACAGAAGCUGCAAACAAAAUAGAGAAAUACAAUGUUCCGCUGAACAGGCUUAAGAUGAUGUUUGAGAAAGGCGAACCGACUCAAACCAAGAUUCAUCGGGCCCAGAGCCGAAGUGCAGGUGGAAGGAAGAUCUCUGAAAACAGCUAUUCUCUGGAUGAUUUGGAAAUAGGUCCAGGUCAGUUGUCACCUGCAUUCAACUCGGAGAAAAGCGAGACUAGGCGAAAUCUGGAGAUCCCACGCCUAUCAGAAACCUCCAUAAAGGAUCGAAUGGCCAAGUACCAGGCAGCUGUGUCCAAACAAAGCAGUUCCACCAACUAUACAAAUGAACUGAGAGCCAAUGGCGGUGAAAUCAAAACUCAUAAAUUGGAGCAAAAGGAGAAUGUGCCUCCAGGUCCCGAGGUCUGCAUCGUCCAUCAGGAUGGAGAAAAGAUUUCUGCAACCGAGAAUAGCCUGGCAGUCCGUUCCACCCUUGCUGAAGAUGACUCCCGUAAACAUUUGCUCUUAGAUCUGGAGGGUAACUCCCAGGUUAAGAAUGAGGUCCAGCAGCCUAUCCAUCCCAAGUCACUAAGUCCAGAUGCCAGAGCCUCCAGCCUUUCUGAAAGUUCUCCUCCCAAAGCGGUGAAGAAGUUUCAGGUACCUGCAAGAGAGACCUGUGUGGAAUGUCAGAAGACAGUCUACCCGAUGGAGCGUCUAUUGGCCAAUCAGCAGGUGUUUCACAUCAGCUGCUUCCGUUGCUCCUACUGCAACAACAAGCUUAGUCUAGGAACAUAUGCAUCAUUACAUGGGAGAAUCUAUUGCAAGCCUCAUUUCAAUCAGCUCUUUAAAUCAAAAGGUAACUACGAUGAAGGCUUUGGGCACAGACCACACAAGGAUCUAUGGUCAAGCAAAAAUGAAAAUGAAGAGAUAUUGGAGAGACCAGCCCAGCUUCCAAAUCCAGGGGAGACUCCUCAGAGCCCAGGGGUAGAAGAUGCACCCAUUGCUAAGGUGGGUGUGCUGACCGCAAGUAUGGAAGCCAAGGCUUCCUCUCAGCCAGAAAAAGAAGAAAAGCCAGCUGAAACCAAGAAGUUGAGGAUAGCGUGGCCGCCCCCCACUGAACUUGGCAGUUCAGGAAGUACAUUGGAGGAAGGGAUCAAAGUAUCCAAGCCCAAAUGGCCCCCUGAGGAUGAAAUCAGCAAGCCUGAAGUUCCAGAGGACGUAGAUCUGGAUCUGAAGAAGCUAAGACGAUCUUCUUCACUGAAGGAAAGAAGCCGCCCCUUCACUGUAGCAGCUUCAUUUCGAACCACUUCAGUCAAGAGCCCAAAAACCUUGUCCCCACCUUUCAGGAAAGGCUGGAGCAUUUCGGAGCAGAGUGAGGAGUUUGUAGGAGAAAUAGCAGCAGGAAGGAAGCAUGAGGAAAAUGCCAACAACUCUGAGAAGAAUGGGAGUGUGGGGAAAAUAACCUGGCAAAAUAAGGACUCUAAAGGAGGGGAGGCAGGUUGGAGAAAUAAGGAAAUUCGUGGUUUUGAGAUGGAGAGUGAGAAUCUUGUAGAAAAUGGGGCAAACUUAGAUAAAGAUGAUAGAGACCUUUCCAAACAGCAGUCUCCACUAGAACCCAAGUCUCCAAAUUGGUCCAGCUUUGCAGACAAUACAUCUACUGAAGAAUUCACUGCUCAGAAUCAAAAAUCCCAAGAUAUGGGAGUCUGGGAGGGAGAUGUAGUCAAAGAGCUGUCUGUAGAGGAACAGAUAAAGAGAAAUCGGUAUUACGAUGAAGAUGAGGAUGAGGAAUGACAAAUUACAAUGGUGCUAGGCCUUAACAUUUGUGUUAGUGUUAGUGAGCCACUGCCCUGUAUCAGAGUGAUGCACGUAAACAGUUGUCUUAGCAUGAA